AUGGAGUCUUGCGUCGAAGAGGACUGCCUUCCAGAGCCUCGUUUGACAAAGCAGUUGGAGGAAAUCGAAAGCAGCGUCUUUGCACUUCGACGCUACCAUCCUGGUGGUGCCAGGCUCAGCCAUUUCGAAAGAGAGGGCAGGAUUGACCUUGGAAUGAUUUCCGUGACCGGUUCCAGGAGGCAGAAACAGAUCUCUCCGCGAGUGCUGCAGCUGUACUCGUACAUCCAACGCAUGCGCAAUCAGUUCCUCAUUCCGGCAGGCAGCACCAGACUGAGCCAACAACCUGAUCAAGCUGUUGUCCUCGUGCCGGGCUUCGGGCCAGCAAGCGAAAUUCACUGUGGAUUCACUGCACAUUCCUGCACCGCCACCGCUCACUACGAUUUUGCGGGGCAUCUGGCCAGCAGCACUGCAUCGCAAUAG